AUUUUAUGGUUGGAGAGAACAUAAGGUGGAAAGAGCAAACCCUUGAGGCAUUUGAUUGAAGCCCACAAAGUUUUUUUAUCACCGACCUGCCCAUCCCCAAAACAAGUCAUUCGAAAUUCGCUCAAUCGUCAUCCUCAUUUCCAAACAUUGGGGAUUCUUUCUUCUAACAAGAACCCCUUUCCUCGGCGUCUGAUCAAAAGAGAGUUUCGAAUUAAAUAAACUAACGAAGAAACCGUAGAUUAACCCUUAUCUGUAUUAAUUGUCGAAUAAGAGAAUGAAGGGUUCAUCAGAAAGAAAGUACAUGCAAGAAUUUCUCCUAUACGCAGCAAGCGCGGCGUUGAGUUGUUUGGUAUUAUUCACGGGCCUCCAUUACUUAGACCCCAACCGCGAUUCUUCCAAGAAAGCUCUCGAACACAAGAAAGCCAUUGCAAAACGUCUAGGUCGUCCCCUCAUUCAUACAGAUCAAUAUGAGGAUAUAAUAGCAGGUGAUGUUAUAAAUCCUGACCACAUUGAUGUAGAGUUUGACUCCAUUGGGGGACUGGAAUCGAUUAAAGAAACUUUGUUUGAGCUUGUUAUUCUACCCUUGAAACGGCCCGAGUUGUUUUCGCAUGGCAGGCUCCUUGGACCAUUAAAGGGGGUCCUGUUGUAUGGACCCCCUGGCACUGGGAAAACCAUGCUUGCCAAAGCUAUUGCCAGGGAGUCCGGGGCGGUUUUUAUUAAUGUCAGGAUAUCCAACCUGAUGAGCAAAUGGUUCGGAGAUGCCUCAAAGCUUGUGGCUGCUGUAUUUAGUUUGGCUUAUAAGCUUCAGCCUGCCAUCAUAUUCAUUGAUGAAGUUGACAGUUUUUUGGGUCAGCGUCGUCAAUCAGAUCAUGAGGCUCUGUUAAACAUGAAAACUGAGUUCAUGGCUCUAUGGGAUGGAUUCACUACCAACCAGAAUGCCCGAGUUAUGGUACUUGCAGCAACUAAUCGUCCUUCAGAACUUGAUGAAGCAAUACUUCGGCGUUUUCCUCAAGCUUUUGAAAUUGGACUUCCAGACCAGAAAGAAAGGGCUGAUAUAUUGAAAAUUAUCUUAAAGGGUGAGAGGAUUGAAGAUAACAUAGACCUCGAUAAUAUAGCUAGCUUAUGUGAGGGUUACACUGGUUCAGAUCUAUUUGAUCUUUGUCAGAAGGCUGCUUAUUUUCCUAUCAGAGAACUGCUGGAAUAUGAGAAGAAAGGGAAACAAUCUCCUGCACCUAGACGUUUGUCUCAGUUAGAUUUGGAAAAGGCCCUCUCCACUUCACGGACGAUGGUUGCUGCAAGCGAAUAUGAUGGAUUAAACCACCAGUCAUCAUCAAGACGGACAUUUCCUGUUGAUUCAGGUGAUUAUCAAGCUGCAAUCAAUGAAUUCUAUAAAGUUAUAAUUUCUCGUAUGAUUAACCGCCAACCAGAUUCCCAGGAUCCUUAAAAUUUUGAAUUUCUCUUUUGGGCAUUCUUCUACUGCUCUAUUAAGUUAUAAUUACAACAGACGUAGCUUACAUAGUUAUACUAGUUCUAGAAAAUGUAUUAUUUAUUAUAUUAUACACACUUUUUAUUAUAGUGCCAAGAUUGGCUAUUGCAUUUUGUUAUGUAUGGUUCCAUUUAUAUUGUUGCCGUUACCCUACUUGUAAUAUUGUAUCACUGGAUAGAGCUGAAUCAGACAUUCCAUUUUGUUCUGUUAAAGAUUUGUGAUGGAGAAAAAGAACUAUAAUCUGGAAAUAGUUUUAAAGAACACU